AUCCACUCCACCUCCAUAUAAAUUCAGACGCAUCGCAUCAAAGUAAGCGUUUUUCUAGCAUGAGUUGCUAGCUCAGAUUCUUUCCAUCUUUUUCUUCAUCUUCUCCUAUGUUUCCACAGAUAUAUUACCAAACCCUAAACUAAUUCUCUCCCAGAAAGAAGAGAGACACAGAGAGAGAGUGAGAAUCAAAAGGGUAACAAAAUUUCGAUUUGUUGAUUCAGGAGUAAUGGAGGGGGCUUGCUGUACUACUUCUUCGACAUCAUCGUCGGGAACAGAGAUGUCGAAGAGAAAGCAAAGGCAACACCAGCAAGACAAACCCUACAGAGGAAUAAGGAUGAGGAAGUGGGGGAAGUGGGUAGCCGAGAUAAGGGAACCCAACAAGAGGUCCAGAAUCUGGCUCGGCUCCUACUCCUCCCCCGUCGCGGCGGCGCGUGCAUACGACACGGCUUUGUUCUAUCUCCGCGGCCCUUCCGCCCGCCUCAACUUCCCCGAGUGCAUAGUCGAGGACGUCGUCGACGAGCCGCAUGAUUUGUCCGCCGCCGCCAUCAGAAAGAAGGCCACUGAGGUCGGAGCCAGGGUUGACGCUCUGCAAACAGCCGGUCAUGCCCGCACCAGGUCCGAUAACCUGGCCCGGGUCCCCGAGAAGCCCGAUUUGAAUGAGUACCCAAGUCCUGAGACUUCGGAGGAGAACUGAAAUUAUCAAUUAUGGGUUUGUAUUAGUACAAGAAUGUUUUUUGUUUACUUAAUUUGUUCUUUGUUUAGAAGCUUUUCCUUGUAAUUUUCACCGGAAAAGUUAACUGUAUUUGCACGGGGAUGGAUGGGUACGAGUGUAGGGUUACUUUGGGUAUUUCAAGAAAAUUUUUAUAGAGAUUAAUUUCUUAUCCGAAUAUGUAAUAUAAUCCAAAGGGAUUAUCUGUUCACAUUUGCCUCA